AUGCCAUUAAAUGUACAGGGAGGAAAAAAAAAACCUCUAAAAGCUGCGAAAAAGGGAGUAGUUGAAAUGACGGAGGAAGAUAAAGCUUUUAAAAAGGAAAUGGCAGAAAAGAAAAAAGCCGAGGAGGAAGCCAAGAAGAAGCUCUUGAAUGCAAAGAAAAAAUAG